AUGAUGCACGCGAAAUCAGAUUCCGAUGUAACAAGCCUGGCACCGUCUUCUCCUCGGUCGCCAAAACGCCCCGUAUACUACGUGCAGAGCCCAUCGCGCGACUCUCACGAUGGAGAUAAGUCGUCGUCAACGCAAGCUACGCCGGCUUUCAACAGUCCGAUGGAGUCCCCGUCGCAUCCAUCGUAUGGGCGCCACUCCAGAGCGUCAUCGUCCAGUAGGGUUUCCGGCACCUAUGGAUCCUCGGCGGCCUCGUCUUCGAUGAACGCCGGAAGGAAAGGGAGGAACAAGAGGACAGAGAAAGGAUGGCCGGAGAGUAAUGUGAUUGAAGAAGAAGGUGAUUAUGGAGAAAUGUAUAGGAACAAAGAGUUUUCGAGAAGGAGGUGCCAGGUUUUGAUGGGGGUAUUUGGGUUUGUGAUGAUAUUUUCUCUCUUCUGUUUGAUCAUUUGGGGUGCUAGUAGGCCUUUUAAGCCAGAGAUCAGUGUCAAGAGCCUGACUGUCCAUAGCUUUUAUUUUGGGGAAGGAUCAGACUUGACCGGAGUGCCAACAAAGAUGUUGACUACAAAUUGUUCAUUGAAAAUGAACGUGUAUAACCCUGCAACGUUUUUUGGCAUUCAUGUAAGCUCAGUGCCUCUUAAUCUCAUGUACUCGGAGAUUGUAAUUGCUACUGGAGAGUUGAAGAAAUAUUAUCAAUCAAGGAAGAGCCAUCGAACUGUGUCUGUAAAUCUUGAAGGAACCAAAAUUCCGCUGUAUGGUGCUGGGGCAAGCUUCGCAAUCUCAGAUAACAAUAUAGGAGCAGGAGUUCCAAUGACAUUAGUUUUUGAUGUUCAUUCGCGAGGAGAUGUUGUGGGGAAAUUGGUGAAGACAAGGCGUACAAGGCAUGUCUCUUGCGUUUUGACCAUUGAUUCUCUCGGCAACAAACCCAUCAAACUUAAGGAAGAUUCUUGUAAAUAUGAGUGAUUAGGUGAAACCAGCUUCUGCAGGUUCUGUGUUUCCAUGUGGAAGAAAUCAAGAAAGGAUGUAAUCUGCACAUCCUGAUUAUUUGCACAGGACGACCCUAGUAUUAGAAAAUUUCCUGUUUUCUUGCUAAGUUAUUGAAGUUUUGAAGUGUAAAGAAUAGCUACAUAGUUUAGAGACCGCACUGCUUUCUUACUGUAGUUGAGUGCCAAUUAGGUAAGAUGGGAUUGCAAGUUUUCAUUUCUUUUCUAUGUAUCUUCGUCAAGUGCGAACUGAGUCAUGCCAAAAAGAAGUUCCAAACUGAAAUGAAUAGGCACAUCCCAGUUGGUUUAUAUAAACAAAAGAAAUUAAUUUGUUGUGAUGGCA